GGCAGGUGGAGGAGUGGAGGUGAGGGUGUGGCGGAGUGCAGCAGGACUUCUCUCUUCCUCCUCCGGUGAGACGGAGGAGCCGUUGGUGACCGUGACCUCAGUCUGGGACCCGGUGCUGCAGGACACACCUGGACCACCUGCUGGGAUUGACCAGGCUGUCUGGGUCUGCAGUCACAAUGCGCAGGUUCAGCUCUGAGGGGUCCCUGCUGGACCUGGACCUCCUGCCCUGGAAGCUGCAGGAGGGCAGGCCCGAGUCUGGACCGUCCCCGCCUCGGCCCGAGGCCCCCACCAUCGUGGAGCCCCCCCGGAGCCGGCGGCUGCUGGCGGAGCACAGCGUCAGCGUGGAGGACCUGACGGAGCUGGGCCAGCAGGACCAGCACCUGCUGGGAGUGGGCGGGCUCAGCCAGGGCUGCCGGGCCUACAGCGACGGCCAGCUGGUCCCCGACGGUGCCCAGGGGGGCCCCGGCCCUGGCCCCGGCCCCGGCCCCGGCCCCGCCUACAAACCCCACCCCCGACACCACCGGGCCAAGCUGUCGGCCGCCAAGCUGCACCUGAAGAGCCUGUUUGGACAGAGUCCUCACUCCUCACACUCCAACCUGGCAACCGCCGCCGAGCACAAAGACAGUGUGACGGAGCGCCGGUCUCGCCUGGCCUUCAUGCGGCAGUGGAGCCAGGUGGGCCACGGGAAGAAGAGGGUCAGCCGGGAGGAGCUGGACACCUGGGCCAAGUCCCUGGAGGACCUGCUGGCCAGUCACACCGGCGUGUCGGUGUUCGGAGCGUUCCUGCGUUCCGAGUUCAGCGAGGAGAACCUGCAGUUCUACCUGGCCUGUGAGCAGUACCAGAACUCCUCCAACAACUUCAGCCUGCAGCGCAGGGCCCGGGACAUCAGCGCCACCUACGUCCAGCCGGGGGCGCCGCGCGAGGUGAACCUGGACAGUAAGACCAGAGACCUGACACUCCAGCUGCUGCAGGCUCCGUCCCACAGCUCGCUGUCCCACGCCCAGAGACGGGUCUACGCCCUGCUGGACACGGACUGCUACCCCCGCUUCCUGCAGUCCAGCCUCUACCUGUCCCUACGGGCAGAGGCCGACUAGAGCCUGGACCCAGCUGGACCCGGCUGGACUGGAGUGGACUAAGUGACUGAGGGGUUGCAGGACCGUCCCUGAAUGUUUGACUCUGAGCAGGACAGCAGUGUUUGUCUGCUGUGGACCUGAAGACGACGAGGCGUCAGGAGGACGAGACGUGGGCUGGAUGUGACGUGAGGUGGACGUGUGUCCUCACUGCACCAGGACAGCGUUGGACAUGUCCUCAGUGUCUCCACCAUCUUGAAGCAGCCUCAGCCUCUGGUGGACGUCUGAAGCUUCAUGUCCAAAGUGAGACAGACUGAGCUGAGCUGCAGGUGUCCAGGAGACGGGUGGAGGGACGGCCUCCUGUGUGUGGGUGGUCUGCAUGUUCUCCCUGAGCUUCAUCCAGCAGUGCUGAGCAUUGUGGGGCUUCAGGCUGGUAUAAAUAAAGACGGCUGUAAAGCAGAGCGGAGUGUGGUGGUGUCAGGGACAGGGGACAUCGUGCUGUGCUCACUGGACGAUGUUCACGCAGUCCACAUCGGGGUUCAGGUCAGUAUCCCGGUUUCUGAAACAUCUGGAAUAACGUCUACCUGCUGAGACACAGUUCCUCCUGGUUACAUGCUCCAGACCACGGCCACAGACAUGGCUGCAUUUACACUUCACGCCACUAGGGGUGCCGUUUGCAUGCUAAACCUUCUUUUACACAGACACCACAGAAGAAGAAGGGCUGCAGGCUCUCUGCAUGUUGUGAGCAGCAGAGUGUCAGCAGCGGGACGUGGUCACAUGUUCAGUGAAGCCAUGCAGCGUCUCUUCAGUCAAACAGAAGAACUGAACCAUCGCUUCUGCACGUUGUAUUUACUUGGUAGCAGUUAAACUGUGUCACCUGUCGUCCCUGGACUCAUAAGACCAUGGCUGUGUCCAAAUGUCCACACUCUGUCCUCUAUAGGGCACUACACAGUGAAGACGCCAUUUGUAGGGCUGUCCGAAUGUCCACCCUGUCCCCUGACCCCUCAGUCUCCACAGUGUGCUGCAGGGCCGUUUCUAGCUUCAUGGGGGCCCGAGGCAAGAUGUUGUCUGGGGGGGCCCUGUUUUGUCAGACUGUAAUGAAGAGAUUCCUGACCCUUUAGAUGGUCUCCUCAGCCGAGGCUACAGUUAAAAUCAAAUGAGCCACUCAGGCAAGUUAAACCGAUAAAACUAUAAUACGAGGAAAACCAUCCUCUGUAUGUCAAUAAAUAAAACUGAUUGAGUAUUUAUAAAAAAACUAUAAAUAAGAAAACAUAACAAAUCAACAUGUAUUUUAAAGUGCAACAAUAAAAACAAAAAAACACCGCUUAACAUAAUACUUAACGCUACAGUCUCACACUCAGCACAAC